CACGCGCCGCUGGGCUGCGCACGAGGCUCUCGCUGACCUUGGUGCUGAAACCUGUACUUUCCUUAGGCAGCACCCGAACUGUCACGCUCCACCGGAGGCAAAACUGAUAACGAACAGGAACUCCUACGUUUUAUUCAAUCACGCACUCGUACUCUGUCGAUUUAGUUUUUCAUCUGUUAUUUGAAUUCUUUUUUUUCCUAACUUAAAUGUUCUCCUUUGGUUUGAAGUGAACAUCACAUUUUGACUAGCACCGAGAUGGCACUGGAUACGCUUAUAGUACGUAAAAAGAAUGAGUUUAUCAUUCUGAACAGAAAGGACCAAACCACUUCUGAUUUGUCUCAGUUGUAGGCGGUUUUUUUUUUUUUUCGUUCAGCGCACACCGUCUAUUGCUGAGUACCGUCGUCGUUUUUCCUUAUCUGUCUGACUUAAUCAUAGAUCCACUGGGUGUCUGUCCGGCAUGUUCGACCAGUUCGCUUCGUGACAUGAUACUUUAACACUAACGAAAAUAUCCGAGGGAUUAUCAAGUUUGGACAUGGAUACUCCGAGGGAGCCCGGUUUUAACCCCAGCAAACAGGGUCUCAAGCAACUAGCAGGGAAGACACUGGGUCAUGUGUACAAGGUGUUGGAGAAGCGACAGAAAACUGGAGAAAACAUCGAAUUAACUGAAGAUGGACGACCUAGUCAAGGCACAGAGAGGAAAACACCUCUGUGCGACUGCACGUGUUUCGGGCUCCCACGCCGCUACAUCAUUGCCAUCAUGAGCGGCCUUGGUUUCUGCAUCUCCUUCGGUAUUCGGUGCAAUUUGGGCGUGGCCAUUGUGAGCAUGGUUAACAACAGCACAAUUCACCAGAACGGGAAAAUCAUAAUCAAAGAGAAAGCAAAAUUUAACUGGGAUCCGGAAACCGUGGGGAUGAUCCACGGAUCAUUUUUCUGGGGUUAUAUUGUUACACAAAUCCCCGGAGGAUAUAUAUCCUCCCGACUAGCUGCUAACAGAGUUUUUGGGGCGGCCAUCGUUCUUACCUCGACCCUCAACAUGUUCAUUCCUUCAGCUGCUCGUGUCCAUUAUGGCUGCGUCAUUUUCGUAAGGAUAUUACAAGGGCUCGUGGAGGGCGUGACCUACCCAGCGUGUCAUGGUAUCUGGAGUAAAUGGGCCCCGCCCUUGGAGAGGAGUCGUUUGGCCACCACGUCAUUUUGUGGCUCCUACGCUGGGGCUGUCAUUGCUAUGCCUCUGGCUGGUAUCCUGGUGCAGUACACUGGCUGGUCUUCUGUGUUCUAUGUCUAUGGGAGCUUCGGCAUUGUUUGGUACAUGUUCUGGAUCCUGGUGUCCUACGAGAGCCCCGCGGAACACCCCACCAUCUCGGAUGAGGAGCGCUGCUAUAUUGAAGAGAGCAUUGGCGAGAGUGCCAAGCUUCUAGGCCCUGCAGAGAAAUUCAAGACGCCCUGGAGGAAGUUUUUCACCUCCAUGCCCGUCUAUGCAAUCAUCGUGGCCAACUUCUGCAGGAGCUGGACCUUCUACCUCCUCCUCAUCAGCCAGCCAGCGUACUUUGAGGAGGUGUUUGGCUUCGAGAUAAGCAAGGUUGGUAUGCUGUCAGCUCUUCCUCAUUUGGUGAUGACCAUCAUCGUGCCCAUUGGAGGGCAGAUAGCAGAUUUCCUGCGCAGUAAGAACCUCAUGUCGACCACCAAUGUCAGGAAGAUUAUGAAUUGUGGAGGCUUCGGUAUGGAGGCUACCCUGCUGCUAAUAGUGGGAUACUCUCACAGUAAAGGAAUGGCCAUCUCAUUCCUGGUGCUAGCUGUGGGCUUCAGUGGCUUUGCAAUAUCAGGCUUCAACGUGAACCACUUGGACAUUGCGCCUCGUUAUGCCAGUAUUCUCAUGGGCAUCUCAAAUGGAGUAGGAACCUUAUCGGGCAUGGUGUGCCCUUUGAUUGUGGGUGCUAUGACCAAAAAUAAGACCAGGGAGGAGUGGCAGUACGUGUUCCUCAUUGCCUCCCUGGUACACUAUGGCGGCGUCAUCUUCUACGGUAUCUUCGCCUCUGGUGAGAAGCAACCAUGGGCCGAUCCUGAGCAGACCAGCGAUGAGAAGUGUGGCUUCAUCGACGAGGACGAGCUGGCUGAGGAAACGGGCGACAUCAUGCAGAGCUACAGCGCUCUGGGAGGCCCGGCCAAGACGUACGGUGCCACCACACAGAUGAAUGGAGGCUGGCCUGAGGGUUGGGAAAAAAGGGAGGAGUAUGUACAGGAGGGGGCAGAGGAGGGUGGAUACCGGUACAGGCAGGGUGGAGAUUACUCCUAGACCAUGCCCACACCCCAUCCACACACACACGCAUACACACAUCAACACUGUAGACUUUUGUAGUGGUUGUGAGUUCUAAUAACAGUGCAAAAAUUAUUCAAAAAGAUGUUUAAAAAAACAUGGUGUAUGUUUGCACAAUUAAAAAAUCCAAAAUUCAAGAUAUAUUAAGUUAAAAUAGAUUAUAAUAUAGAGAAUACCUAAAACUACAGAGAAAUGUAAUACAUAUCAAAUUGGCAAAUUAUAAAUGUAAAUUAUCUAUAUAAAGAAAAGAGAAGAUAAAAAACAGUGAAUUUAUUUAAUGUGCAAUCAUCAUGUGGUAUGUUGUGCAACUGAUAAUUUCUCCUCAUAAUUUUAUAGGCUUAGUUUAAUCACCACACCUAACAAAGGCACAAAUAAAUCCAUACAGCGUCAAACCAGCCAUAGAGGACCCUGUAACCUGAACUACUGUUUUAUUUUCCAUUUCCUUUCCAAUUGCACUGCGACAGUUGUACUGUGUCAUAUCACAUUUUGUGGCUCUGUUUCUAAUCCAUGAUGUGUACCUCAUUCAUGUUAGAUGUAAUGUUUCUGUGAGACUUUGGGGAUUUGGGUCCUUGACACCAUAUUUUGAGCUCAAGUGAUACUUCAGCAAAAAACAACAACAACAACAACAACACACAAACGAACAAAAAACAACCGUAACAGUGUCAUAGUAGCUGUUUUGAAGUCAAUGAUUAUGUUAUUAGAAGGCUAAGAAAACUGAUGGCUUGAAAAGUAGAGUUUAGCAACCUCCAGAGCUCAGUAUAAAUAGUGUGAUAAUAAGGGUGAUGAAUAAAGAGAAAAAGGACUAAAGGUUUCUGAGCAGCACAGUUUAAGGUUGUGCCCCAUCACUGUCCCAUCAUGGGCAUUGGUUAGAGAGCUUGGCAGUUAGUGCCCUUGACCAAACACUCUUCUCUUCUGCUCCGGCAAUGAAUGAGCAAGAGCAUUGUGUUAUGGAGGAAGCAUGUGUUAGCUCUCACUGUCCUGGACUGGCAGCUAUCAUGAGACAGGGCAGAAUCUGAGAGUGGGAAGGAAUUGGAAAGGAUGAACAUUGGCUAAAAAAAAAACCAACAACAAUAAUAAAGCACAGUGUCAAGAAGAUCCAAUUCCUUAGUUCCUUCUGUUUUUGGAAGCCUCGAUUUAACACCAUGGUGUACGCGAAUGAUAGUUAUGCAUGGAUCAGAAUGUUGUUUUUGAAUAGAGUUGUUUUUAAAUUUCCCUUUCCGCUUGAAUCAUCAACGUGCCCAUUUUUGCACACUUAACCAAAGGCAAUGUGUAGAGUGGGCUUUUAGCAGGGCCAGGUGUUAGGGUUAGGGACAAGGUAAACACUGAGCUACCUGCUCCAAGGGCUCCUAUAGCCAUGGCAGGUCCUGACCAUAUUCAAUGUACAAAGCAAUAAAUCCAUGGUAAUACUUAGUCAACCCAUUCAAUACGAACAAAUAAAAAAAAAAUGGAUGUAAUACACUAGCACAUUUAACUGUAGUACAUUUUGGUUCAAGUUGUGUUUUUGUGAUGACAAUUAAAAAAUGAAAGUUCAAAUAUAAACUUCUUGUUAAAAUAUGUAUAAAAAUAUAUAUAUAUAUAAAUAUAUAUAUGAAUAGAUUUAGCAAGAGUCCAGUGCAAAUCUCUUUGACACAAAGAGUGUUUGUCCUGGGCCUACUCACCAGAAGAGAAUGAUUUUUAAGUGCCACCUGCGAUUAGUUCCCAAGUGAAACUUUCACCAUGGAUCUUGAUUCGAGGGUGGACACACCUCUGUAGUUGUCCUGUAUGGUUGCCAGUGGUUGCUUUUUUGAGAGUAUGUUGUUGUCAGGUAUGUUUUUUGUUCUCUAUGUCCCUCCUUAUUUGACCUUCCUCUUGUUUCUGGUCUGUGUACUAUCAGUGGCUUGAGACCUGCCUAACUCCCAGUCCCUCCCCCUUCCUUCUGCAUUCUCUCGCACUCCCUCUGAUGUUGCAAUAUUCAGUGACGCGACAGGUUGCUUGCAAAGGUAAACAGCACAAAAAUGAUGGUUUUUAGUAAGGUACCAUAUUCCUGUUUGUGCCUCGGGGUAAAAUUGAAGUGUGAUGAUUCGCUGGCUUCUUUUCUGUGUUACCUGUAAAUGGAGAAGUUUGUUGAUGUCAAAAUGAAAUGCUCUAUAUAUCAUUUUUUAUAUAAAAAGGUUGAUAAAAUUUUA